GACCCCGCCGCCCCGCGUCAGUUGAGUUGGUACCUGUCUGAAUUACAUCAAUGAGGGGCAGCUGCAGGCUGUGGUGUCAGUGCCGUCUGAACCUGAACCCAAAGCUCAAGCUUCAAUGUUGACUUCAUCUCGAGCAAAUCUCAUGUACUCUACAUUCUAGCCCAUAAGAAUCAUCUAUCUGUGUUCUUAGCUAUACCGCGCGACCCGUCAUGGCACAGACAGGAACUCGACCUGCGGGCAAGGCAGGCUCUUGGUACACAGGCAACAAGGCAGCUCUCUCAAAAGAGCUGGAUGAGUGGCUCGACCAAGUACCUAGCACUCUCAACGAAAGCAGCUUGCCCAUACCUGGUGCAAGAGUGAUCAUCGCACCUCACGCUGGUUACGCAUACUCUGGAGAGUGUGCUGCUUGGGCAUAUAAGGCACUCGAUCUCAGCAACGUCAAGCGCAUCUUCGUCCUAGGUCCUUCACAUACAUAUUACUUGAAGGGUUGUGCCCUUACUCGAUACGCCAAAUAUGCCACGCCAUUCGGCGAUUUGAUCGUUGAUGCAUCAGUGACGGAGGAGCUUCGUGAUACUGGAAAGUUUUCAGAUAUCCGCAACUCCACUGUGAAGGGCCGCAGCGUGAGGGACAAUGACGUGGAGGAGCACUCUCUGGAGAUGCACCUGCCAUAUAUCUACAAGCGCUGCAGCCAAACCUUUUCGUCCGAGGCGGAGUAUCCGACCAUCGUUCCGAUUAUGGUUGGUGAUAACAACGGUUCUAAGGAGAAGGCAUUCGGCGAGCUCUUAGCGCCUUACCUGAAAGAUCCAGAGACCGCAUUUGUUGUAAGCUCAGACUUCUGCCACUGGGGCUCGCGAUUCAGUUAUACACCUUACACCAAGGGCGCACCGAUUCAUGAACACAUCAAAGACAUCGAUCACCAGGCCAUGGACGCAAUUGAGGGGGGUAAACACGAUGACUUUGUCGGAAACCUUGCCGAGACGGAGAACACAGUUUGUGGUCGCCAUCCCAUUGGCGUGACAAUGGCGGCCCUCGAGGUUUUGUCAAAAGAGAGUGCCGAAGAAGGAAAGUAUAGAUUCAAAUUUGUGCAGUACCAGCGUAGCGGAUUAGUUGAUCACGCCAGCGAUUCGAGCGUGAGCUAUGCCUCCGCUUAUGCCAUUGUUUGAUUCGACAGGCACCUGAUGAUUUGUAUGGUUAGAAGAGCUCGCGCUCUGUUCUCAUGAUAGACGAUAAAUGAUAAGACAAAAUUGAUUACUUUGUCCAGUGAAUCUAAGGGAUUCUAUCUCUUGCUGACAAGUGCGUAUCCUGGAUCAGCCGGAGGGUGGCAUGUAUGUUACUGUGUAGGUAGACUUGAGGAAAGAAAGUGGGGGCCUCGGAUAGUUAUCCGCCCAAAUACGCGAGCUCGCUAGA